ACUGGAAGCAGUGUUCUUGGAACCCUAAUCUUUUCUAUCGACCCGGUCUUCGAUCAGGAUCGCAAUCCUCGCCUUUUCUCCGGAUUUUGAAUGGUUGGUGCUGAUCUGGUAGAAUGCAGGUACUGCAAAUCCAUCAACUAUUAUGCUAGAGGAAAUUUGGGGUUCCAUUGUUUGUGUUUUUGUGAUCCAUUGCCUUAUGAUGGUCUUGUUUUAGAGGUGGGUUAGGCAUUUUAUAGCUUUACUUGAUGUGGUGGUAAAUCCAGUAAGGUGGCUGGUGAAUUCGUCCUUAGAAAUGAAUUCAUCUCGUGGCACUUCAGAGAUUGUUGAGGCAAAUGAAGAUUUAGACCUGGUUCAUUCUUCUAAUGGAUCUUGUUUGCCUGGGUUUAAGCCAAAAGCGGUUCAAAGAGAUGGCAAGGCAUAUGUUUAUCCUGUGGAAAAUGACCUCAGCCGGCUCAUUGAAGCUAUUGAUCUCAAAACUACAAAAAGGGUUUUGGCUCCUUCUCGGACAGGAGUGGACUUGCUUCAAGAGAGUAGGAUGAAAAAGCCAAUGAAAGUUGGUGCAUGUCAAGCAUCUGGCACAGGGGCAUCUGAAUCUGUCACAUUAAAGCAGGCACUGAGAAGACUAUGUAUUUCUCAAGCCUCAGAGAUGGCUGCUAUCAAGAGAAUGUCAAAACCAAUUGGUUUAUCUGGUGUCUCGGAAGCUGGGAUGAUCACAAAGCUUUAUUCUUCUGUCGUUGUUCAAGGGAGUGAAUCUGAUGUUCCAGUAAAUGAGGAGAAAGGAACUGUGGAAGUGUCAUUUUAUCCUGAGAAAAUUGUUAUAAAUUCAUCUGGAAAAGCAUCUGAAAUAUGUGAAGUGAAUGACGUUGAAUCAUCAGAUAAAAAGGAAUCAUCUCAUGCUCAGAAUACAAAUGCUGCAGGUGCUAUAAAGACCGGUAUACGGGGCACAAGUGUUUCCAUGUCUAAGAAAAUUGUGAGCAAAACACGGGGUUCAGCUAAAGUAGAAAAUCUCAAAAAGAAGACACAUCCCAAAGGUUCUCUAUCUCUUUCCCAUAUCUUGGUAGAAUCUGGCAAAACUAAUACUAAUCCACGAUCAUUAAAGCCAACAUUUGGGAAGAAGGUCCUUUCUAGAAAGAAAGGGAAGCCUGGACCAGUUUCCACACUAGAAAAUUCCAGCAUAUGCUGUGAAGGUGAUAAAGCUAUAAUUUCUAAUAAAGCCAAACCAAAGUGCCAGGCGGAACUUCCUUUGCCUUCAGCUGGUAUUGCCAAUGGUGUUGAAUCUGGUAGUAUGGGAAAGAAGGAUAAAGAUGCAAGCAAACUUGAUUUUAGUCCAGAAGUUUCUGAUGGAAGCAGACCUGUCAGUUUGAAAAUGAGUGGAUUUUCAGGGUCAAGAGAAAAGGGAGAAUGUUCCCAAAGUUCAAAAAGUAGCAUGGCUGAUUGCAGCAGCAGCGCUAGCAUUAGUGAUGACAGUAAUCAGAGUGGGUAUUGCAGUCACAGCAGCAGGCCUCACAUGUCGAAGGAUGUGAAAUGGAUGGCUAUUCACAAUGUCAUCGAGGAACAUGGAAACUUAGGGCUUAAGAACUUUAAGCUCCACAGAAGACUUGGUUGUGGAGACAUCGGGACUGUUUAUCUUGCUGAGCUGAUUGGUUCAGAGUGCUUCUUUGCACUUAAAGUCAUGGAUAAUGAGUUCUUGAUGAGCAGAAAGAAGAUGCUGAGAUCUCAAACUGAAAGAGACAUACUGCAAAUGCUGGAUCAUCCAUUUCUUCCAACUCUAUACGCUCAUUUUACAUCAGAUAAUCUCUCAUGCUUGGUUAUGGAAUAUUGUCCAGGUGGUGAUUUGCAUGUCCUCAGACAAAAGCAACCUGGCAGGAGUUUCUCUGAAUUUGCAGCGAGGUUUUAUGUUGCAGAAGUCCUGCUUGCACUGGAGUAUCUGCAUAUGUUAGGUGUCAUCUACCGUGAUCUUAAACCUGAGAACAUUCUAGUUCGAGAAGAUGGUCACAUUAUGCUCUCCGACUUUGAUCUGUCUCUCAGGUGCACAGUAAAUCCUACGCUGCUCAGAUCCUCAUCAGUUGGUGCACAAGAAUCAUUGAAGAAGCUAUCAGGACCAUGUUCUGAGUCCAGCUGCAUCAGCCCUCUUUGCAUGGAGCCAUCAUGGGUUCAGACAUCAUGCUUCACAACUCCUAUAGUUUCUUCAACGAAAUCCAAGACAUGGAAGCCUAAAUCUGACCGAACCAUACAGGUCAGCCCGUCUCUCCAGUUAGUUGUCGAGCCUACGGAUGCUCGGUCAAACUCUUUUGUUGGCACUCAUGAAUACCUAGCCCCUGAGAUCAUCAAAGGGGAUGGACAUGGGAGUGCUGUAGACUGGUGGACGUAUGGCAUAUUCCUAUAUGAGCUUCUGUUUGGAAGGACACCUUUCAAGGGGUCCGGAAAUGACGAGACGCUGGCCAACGUGGUUUCUCAAAGCUUGGUGUUCCCCGAGAGCCCCGCUGUGAGUGGUAAUGCCAAGGAUUUGAUCAUGGGGCUACUGGUGAAGGAGCCUGCAGAGCGGCUGGGAUCAGUCAAAGGUGCUGCUGAAAUAAAGCAACAUCCAUUUUUCGAAGGCCUUAACUGGGCAUUGAUCCGAUCUAGUGCGCCACCUGAGACACCGAAAUUCCAUGAUCCGAGGACUCCGGUGAGGGUGCGAAAGAAAAAGGAGAGUAGGUGUCUUGAUUUUGGGCUGAGUGGAGAGGAUGUCGAGUUUGAGCUUUUCUAAGAUGAAGCCCUUUUCUUGUAACAGUCUUCUCUGGUUUCUUCAUAAUCGUCUGGUUUACUCUUGUGCCUUUUAUGUAUGUAUGUAUGUGUUGAGCUAUAUCAUUGUAAUUGAUAAUCUACGGGUUAUAGAUGAUGUGCAAUACAGCAAUGUCUGGGUAUCCCUUUAAUUUACUUGGAUAUGACUCCCAAAAGAAGAAACACAGGAGCUCAGUUUUAA